AUGGGGAACUGUACAGAAGUGACACAGUUCAUCCUCCUAGGACUAACUGACACCCCAGAGCUGCAGGCCCCUCUCUGUAUCAUGUUUACUUUCAUUUACCUCGUCACUGUGGCUGGAAACCUAGGAAUGGUUGUGUUGAUCCUCCUGGACUCUCAUCUGCACACUCCCAUGUAUUUCUUCCUUAGUAACCUGUCUCUGGUGGACUUUUGCUCCUCCUCAGCUGUCACUCCCAAGGUCACGGGUCAGCUCCUUACAGGGUACGAAUUCAUCUCCUACAAUGUCUGUGCUGCUCAGAUGUUCUUUUUUGUAUCCUUUGCCACUGUGGAAAAUUACCUCUUGGCUUCCAGGGCCUAUGACCGCUAUGCUGCAGUGUGCAAGCCGCUACACUACACUACCACCAUGACUACAGGUGUGUGUGAUUGUCUGGCCACAGUCUCCUAUGUCUGUGGUUUCCUGAAUGCCGUUUUUCACACUGGAGACAUAGUCAGUCUCUCAUUUGGUAACUCCAAUGUGGUCCAUCAUUUUUUCUGUGAUGUUCCAGCAGUCAUGGCUCUGUCUUGCUCUGAUACACAUCUUAGUGAAAUGAUUCUGGUUUUUAUGUCAAGUUUUAAUGUCUUUUUUGCUCUUCUGGUUAUCUUGAUCUCCUAUCUUUUCAUAUUUAUCACUAUCUUGAAGAUGCACUCAGCUCAGGGAUACCAAAAGGCCCUGUCCACCUGCGCCUCCCACUUCACUGCUGUCUCCAUCUUCUAUGGGACGGUCAUCUUCGUGUACCUGCAACCCAGAUCCAGUCACUCCAUGGACACCGACAAAAUGGCGUCCGUGUUCUACACCAUGGUGAUCCCCAUGCUGAACCCACUGGUCUACAGCCUGAGGAACAAUGAGGUCAAGAGUGCAUUCAAGAAGGUGACUGAGAAAGCAAAAAUUUCCACAUAA